AUGCUGCGUCAAGCAGCUCGGUCGCCUUGCUGGCGCGCCCCGGCGCGGCUCACCACCCACCAUCCCGCAUUCCCGCGCACGAGACCUCUAGCAGCUACCUUCCGCAGACCUCAGAUUAAAUCAUUCUCAGAUAAGAAGCAACCAGAUGACAGCUCGGCACCCGAUAAAAAGACCCCCGUGCCCGAUCCAUCCUCAUUACCUGCCAAACCAGCGGCUCCGAGCCCACCGAAGACCCAAAAUGCCGCAUCCGCACAGAAGACCUUGCUCAGUGAAAGCACGGUUGGGAGGAAAGAACAGAGAAAGGCCGACUGGGCUAUAAUGAGGGAAAUGUCGAAAUAUCUCUGGCCGAAGGGUGAUUGGGGUACCAAGCUUCGUGUGGGAACGGCACUGUCGCUGCUAGUUGGGGCAAAGGUUCUAAAUGUUGAGGUUCCGUUUUACUUCAAGAGCAUUGUUGACUCCAUGAACGUGGAUUUCGCGGCCGUUGGCGGAACAGCUUAUACGGUAGCGGGAUCGAUGCUUAUUGCCUAUGGUGUUACCAGAAUUGGGGCUACUCUGUUCCAGGAGCUUCGAAAUGCUGUUUUCGCAAGCGUCGCUCAGAAAGCAAUCCGUAGGGUUGCGCGGAAUGUUUUUGAGCACUUAUUACGACUAGAUCUCAACUUUCAUCUUUCACGACAGACCGGAGGUCUGACUAGGGCCAUUGACCGCGGAACGAAAGGUAUCAGCUUUCUCCUGACGUCAAUGGUGUUCCACGUCGUACCUACCGCUCUGGAGAUUUCCCUUGUGUGCGGUAUCUUGACUCACCAAUAUGGGCUCAAAUUCGCUGCGAUCACCGCCACGACCAUGUUAGCCUAUUCUGCUUUCACAAUAACAACAACAGCCUGGAGAACGAAGUUUCGAAAGCAGGCCAACGCAGCAGACAACAAGGGAGCCACGGUUGCCGUCGACUCUUUGAUCAACUAUGAAGCGGUGAAAUAUUUCAACAACGAAAAGUUUGAGGUUGCGCGUUACGACAAGGCGCUCAAGGCGUAUGAGGAUGCUUCCAUCAAAGUCACAACGUCUCUGGCUUUUCUGAACUCCGGCCAGAAUAUGAUCUUUUCCAGCGCCCUCGCAGCCAUGAUGUAUCUUGCCGCCGACGGAGUUGCUGCCGGCGAGCUGACUGUUGGGGACCUAGUCAUGGUCAACCAGCUCGUCUUCCAACUUUCAGUCCCGCUGAACUUCCUGGGCUCUGUUUACCGCGAGUUGCGCCAGUCGCUGCUCGACAUGGAAACAUUGUUCAACUUACAAAAGGUUAAUGUCAACAUCAGGGAACGGCCCGAUGCCAAAGCGCUGGCCCUUAAGCAGGGCGGCGAGAUCCGAUUUGAAAAUGUGACUUUUGGAUACCACCCCGACCGUCCCAUCCUCAGAAAUGCUAGCUUUACGAUUCCUGCCGGUCAGAAAUUUGCUAUAGUUGGCCCUAGCGGUUGUGGCAAGUCUACCAUCUUGAGACUCCUUUUCCGAUCUUACGACGUCCAAGAAGGAAGGAUUCUAGUGGAUGGACAGGACAUUCGGGAUGUCACACUAGGAAGCUUGCGAGAAUCGAUCGGUGUCGUCCCGCAAGAUACGCCUUUAUUCAAUGACUCGAUUCAACAUAAUAUUCGCUAUGGAAGGUUAGAAGCUUCGGAUGAGGAGGUCCGCAAGGUCGCUCGACGAGCACAUAUUCACGAGCUCAUCGAGAAGCUUCCGGAUGGCUACAACACAGCUGUUGGCGAGCGUGGAAUGAUGAUCUCUGGUGGAGAAAAGCAACGGCUGGCUAUCUCCCGGCUGCUCCUGAAAGAUCCACAGCUGCUCUUCUUUGACGAAGCAACCUCCGCCCUUGAUACAUACACCGAGCAAGCUUUGAUGCAAAACAUCAACAGCAUCCUGAAGGAGAAAGGACGGACAAGUGUGUUCGUCGCGCAUCGUUUGCGAACGAUAUGCGACUGUGACCAGAUUCUGGUACUGAAGGAAGGGCAAGUUGCAGAAUUGGGAUCACACCGCGAACUGCUUGAUACGGACGGCAUCUACGCCGAGCUCUGGAAUGCCCAAGAAACGUCACUGGCGCAAGAUCCAGAAUACGAACGGAAUGCGGAGCUUGAGGGGGAGACGGCUGGGGAAGUCAAAGACAUGGCGCCUAAGAAAUAG